AUGAGAGCGCGGCGUUGACAGCCAGUGGCCACUGAUCAGCUCACUUUGUCAGGGUGUGUGUCUCCAUGCAAGACUGCUGAUAAAAGACGCUCAGACUCUCGCAUUUUUGUCUUUAUUUGCAAGAAAAGCUCCAGCAGCCAAACCACAAGUCCGUCCACGGCAACAAAAAGCACACAAAGCCUCUGAGUAUUAUUUUUUUUUUUCUUUUUCUAGACUCAUCAGUGUCUCUCAACUCCCUGCACAAUGUCUGGAGAGGACGCAGCACCUGCCCAGCAGCAAAACGCCGUGGACCAGAAGCAGGAGACAAAACCAGCGGAGGAGCCCAAAACUGAGCCGCCUAAGACCGAGCCUGCUCCCGCCAGUGGCGCCGCCGAGGCCGCAGCUUCCCCCGCGGCCGCCACCGAGAAGGUCCCCGAGGAGGAGGCGUUCACCUACCGCGCUCUGGUGCUCACCGGCUACGGGGGUUAUGAUAAAGUGAAGCUGCAGGUGAAGAAAGGCAAACCGACGCUCAAGGCUGGCGAGAUCCAGGUCCGGGUCAAGGCUUGCGGGCUGAACUUCGCUGACCUGAUGGCCAGACAAGGGCUGUACGACCGGAUGCCGUCCCCGCCGGUCACCCCGGGGAUGGAGUGCUCCGGGGUGGUGGAGGCUGUGGGUGAAGAAGUGACAGACAGAAAAGUUGGCGAUAAGGUGAUGGUGCUGAGCCGCUUUGGGCUCUGGCAGGAGGUGGUGGUGGUGCCGGCGAGCCACACCUUCCUCAUCCCGGAGGGCAUGAGCUUCGAGGACGCGGCGGCGCUUCCCGUCAACUACAUCACCGCCUACAUGAUGCUGUUCGACUUCGGCAACCUGCGGCCCAACCAGAGCAUCCUCGUCCACGCUGCUGCAGGUGGUGUGGGCAUCGCAGCCACCCAGCUGUGCAAGACGGUGAAGGACGUGACCGUGUUCGGCACCGCGUCGGCCAGCAAACACGAGACCAUCAGCCAGGGUGGCGUCACGCACCCCAUCGACUAUCGCACCAAGGACUAUGUGGAGGAAGUCCGCAAGAUCAGCCCAAAAGGACUGGACAUAAUACUGGACCCUCUCGGAGGAUCAGACACCCAUAAGGCCUACAACCUGCUGAAGCCUAUGGGCAAACUUAUCACUUAUGGUACGGCUAACAUGCUGGCGGGCCAGAAGAAGAACCUCCUCGCUGUGGCCAAGAACUGGUACCACCAGUUCUCCAUCCACACGCUCAGCCUGAUCCAGGGGAACAAGUCAGUGUGCGGCUUCCACCUGGGCUACCUGGAAGGGGAGAUGGAGCUGAUCACACAGGCCAUGGACUCCAUCCUGGACCUGUACAAGCAGGGCAAGGUCAAGCCCCACAUCGACUCCACCUGGCAUCUGGAGCAGGUGGGCGACGCCAUGAGGAAGAUGCAGGAGAGAAACAACAUCGGCAAAGUGAUCCUCACCACAGAGCCCAUGCCUGAGGAGGAGAAGAAGGAGGAGCCCAAGAAGGAGGACAAGAAGGAGGAGAAGAAGAAGGACGACAAGAAGAAGGACGAUGGCAAGAAGAAGGACGAUGGCAAGAAGGAAGAGAAGAAGGAUGACAAGAAGAAGGAAGAGCCCAAGAAGGAGGAGAAGAAGGAGGAGGAGCCCAAGAAGGAGGAGGCCAAAAAGGAGGAGAAGUGAGAGGGAGGGAGGGAGGCAGGGAUAGUCAAGCAGACCAGCGGGGAGUUUGAGUCCUGGGAACAGGGGAUGUGGUGUGGGGUGGUGGGGUGGGGGAGGCAUGAUGGGUGGGAGCGUAUGCUGAAUGGGAAGAUGGAGAAGGGGAUGUUACAUCAUUAUCACACCACUGUCGGUCUUUCAUCUCAUCUGUUUCACCCUCAUUAAUUCAUAACCACGGCGAUUACUUAGGCCUGGCUCCACCCACGCCCCAUCAGGUUUUGUUUUCCCAACCAAAAAAUAAAUAAAUAGAUAAUCCACAA